AUGGGUAUAGUGAUAUCAGAGGAGACCAAAAGGGCGGAGCUCGAGGAAUUCCGGCGGAUGCUGCUGUCCUGCGCGGCGGUGCACCGGCGGAAGGACGACGAAGGGUUUGGGGCCCGCGAGGAGGUGCUGCCGGUUCAAAACGGCGACGUAUUGGACAGAAUGGUCUGCGUCACGAGCGGCGUAUCCUACCUCGGAAUUGCUAUCGUGAACCAGCUACUGGUCAACGGCUACUCUGUGCGGAUUAUUGUUGACAAUGAAGAGGAUGUGGAAAAGUUGAGGGAAAUGGAGAUUUCAGGGGAGAUGAGAAUUAACAGCAGCAUGCUCGAGGUGGCUAUGGCCACACUCACAAAAGUCGAGAGCCUGAUUGAGGCGUUUGAGGGUUGUCGUGGGGUCUUUCACACGGCUGCAUUUGUGGACCCCGCUGGACUAUCCGGUUACUCGAAAGCUAUGGCUGAUGUCGAAGUGAACGCGACCAAGAAUGUUGUGAAGGCUUGUGGAGUUUCAUCUUCUGUUAGGCUCUGUGUGCUAACCUCAUCCCUCUUGACAUGCAUUUGGCGGGACAAUUCGAAAAACGAAGAAGUUUCCCUCCAAAUCGACCACAAAACCUGGAGUGAUGAAUCCAUUUGCAUAAACAAAAAGCUUUGGUAUGCUUUGGGGAAGCUGAGGGCAGAAAAGUUCGCAUGGGAUAUCGCGCAAGAAUGCGGUCUGAAGCUAGCUGCCAUUUGUCCCGGGCUUGUCACGGGCUCGAAGUUUUACCAAAGAAACCCAACAUCCACAAUGGCUUACCUUAAAGGAGUUCACGAGAUGUAUACAUACGGUUUGCUUGCUACAGUCAGUAUAAGCAAAUUGGCAAAGGCGCAUAUAGCCGUUUUUGAGGAGAUGAAGAAGACAACUUGCGAUUGCGGAAGGUACAUUUGCUUUGAUAAGGUGAUUGAACAAAAUGACGAGCUCGAGAAGCUGGCUAGUGAGACGGGGAUUAGCUCGAGCUCGUUAACUGGGGGUGACUCGUGUGGUGAUAGGCCCCGGUUUGAGCUGUCGAAUGUAAAACUUUGUCGACUAAUGAUGAGAACACGAAGGUGUUAUAACGAGUGA